GAGAGCUCUACGGCCAGCUCCUCUUUCUCGGAUCGCUGGUCGUCUCGUGGAUAUAUAACACCUACCUCAUGUCGCCCGGCCUCGAGGUUCUUCUUCGUCGACUCCUUAUUCAGGAGGUCCUCGAUAUUGGGCCCCGAUCUGUUCCAGGGAUCCAGGCCGACGCGGAAAGGCGGCGGCUACGGGUCCCAAUAUCAGACGUCAUGAAACAACUCCCGCCGCUGAAGGGCGGACAUCCCGCGCGUGUCGUCUUGGCAGUGUUGUUGUUGGUCCCGUUUACGAAGGACUACACGGACGUGCUCUCUCACGUCUUGGACGACCUCAUUCCAUUCAACACACCGAUGUGGAACCUCUGGAAGGAAGAGGUUCUCCGACACAUCGAGGUCCACCCCCAACUCCGCGACUCGCCUGCGUCGGUGCAGCUCAAGCAGGUGGAAUUCAGAUUCCGACCGGCAAGUGAACAGUCCUGGAAGGCGUCUUGCGACCAGCGAUGCCAAGCUGCACAAGAGGCCCUUGAGGCGUACUUGAGGUUCCACCGUUCCAAGCAGCACUCCGAUUCGCGACUCGGAGACACAAGUUGCUCACACGUCGUGACUGCCAAGGUUCCGGGCGGACAGGGCCUCGAAUUCAUCGUCACGAGGAGGUUCGAUGGCGAGGAGGAGGUGUGAUUCGUGCCUUCUUAAUCAUAGCUGGACAAAGCAUACCCGGGUUCCCCGUCCCUGCGUUCCAUAUGCGUUCCGCGCGCCUCUCUGGUAUACAACGUUGUCGUCGUAUCAUCUUCUGCUUCUUCGUGUCUAGUUGUCGGAUCUUCAGAGCUGAUUGAUUCUUGAGUCGCUAUAAGUUGAAUGGGAACAUGUGUGGUUAGC